CUCCUGUUACACUGUCUGCAGGGAGCCAUGGCUGCAGCAGGGAAUUCUUUGAAGAGCCUCCGAGAUGAAGCUACUUGCUCCAUCUGUCUGAGUUUUUUCAUGGAUCCAGUGAUUAUAGACUGUGGGCACAAUUUCUGCCGAGCCUGCAUCACCCAGUGCUGGGAGAGACCAGAUACAGACAUCUCCUGCCCUCAGUGCAGAGAGACCUUUCCCCAGAGGACCCUGAGGCCGAACAGACAACUGGGGAAUGUGGUAGAAAUCGCCAAGCAGCUGAGUGUCCCAGCAGCAGCAGGAGGAGAUUUGUGCAACGCGCACCAGGAGCCUUUCAAACUCUUCUGUAACCAGGACCAAAUGCUCAUCUGUGUGAUCUGCAGGGAGUCCCAGGCGCACCGGGCUCACAUGGUGGUCCCGAUAGAGGAGGCUGCCCGGGAGCACAAGGAACAAAUUCAAGCCCGACUGAACACCCUGAAGAAAGAGAGAGAAGAACUUCUGGAGUGGAAACAGGAUGGAGAGAACCAAAGCCAGGAAUAUCUGGGAAAGAUAGAAGCUGAGAGGCAGAAGAUCAUGUCUGAAUUUGAGCAACUGCGGCAAUUCCUGGAGGAACAAGAGCGACUCCUGCUGGCCCAACUGGAAGAGUUGGACAAGGAAAUGGUGAAGAUACAGGAUGAAAAUGUCACCAAACUGUCUGAGGAGAUUUCCCGUCUCAGUGACUUGAUCAGUGAGCUAGAAGAGAAGUGUCAGCAGCCAACGAGUGAAUUCCUGCAGGACAUCAAAAGCACCUGGAGCAGGUGUGAGAAGCUGAAGUUUGAGAAACAAGUGGCCGUGCCAGAGGACCUGAGAGAGAGAGUCGGCGUCUCUUCUCAAAGAAAUGUUUGUCUACAGGAGGCUCUGAAGAAAUUCAAAGAGACCCUGCCCUAUCAACUGCACUUUCUGAUCUCGAAGGCAGAGAAAGAGGGUAAGUUUCCAUGAGGAUAUUUUCCUACGACAAUUAUCAAUUAAAAUCUCAGGAUUAAUUUUUAGAAAAAGCUUCUGAAACCUUUUACUAGAGUGGUUUAGCCUGCGUCCUCGCUGCAAAGUGGGCAGGUCACGAGCCCGAGUGAAAGUAGAACCCCGGCUGUACCUCAGCUCCCCAUCCAAGCCAACG